GCGGUGGCGAAGCGGCGACAGAGGGCGCAAGCUUGGUCAGGCAACGCCCUCGGCCUGCAAUUCUCGGCCAUGGUCUACAACGUCUGCUGCUUUUCCGCCCUCCUCUUCCUUGCGCAGUUGGAGCCGAUCCUGGAGGAGGUGGCCGCGCAGGAAGAGGAAGUGUUGCUGGGGAUCGCGACGGGGCGGCGAUGCUUCGCACCUUGCACUUUGAGGCUUGGGACGCCGUGCCGGCUGACUUGGACAGGGAACUUACUCGCCUGCUCGACUCCACCGUUUUUCAUCUUCUGGCGUCGCUGGUACCAGAAGUCAUUCGUGUCGGGCCUGGUGCGGAACGCGGACCUGUUAGCGACGAGGGGCAUCGCCAUGGCAAAUCUCCGGACGCGAUUUUGCAAAGGCGCAGACGUUGAGCGCGACCGCAAGAUGUUGAAGACCAAUUUUCAGCGAGAAGCAUCGAAGCUCAAUCCCCCCCGCUUUCUUGGCUGCUGGGGCGCGCGGCUGGCCUGCGAGCUCAAGCGAUGGCGCCUGCAGGAGUCUCGGCACACGCUGGUCCGGCGCCGGCGGGACAGCCUGCAACGGCUAGGCGACUUGGUUGCGCCUCGAGUGGCUGCGGCGGCAUGGGGUUUGGCCUGGAACAGAUGGUGCACGGCGCGCCGGCAUCAAGGCGAGCGUGCAUGCGUAUUGCGCUGCGGCGCCAGCUCAGACAGCAUUGAGCACUACGUGGGGUGCGCGGUGGGCCGGGCUGCGGGUGGCCGUUUUCUGCGGCUCCAUGGCGACUGCGCCCGCCACCUCCGGCGCUUCCUCGGCGUUGCGCGCUGCACCGACGACGCUGAGCGCACUUGCUGGGCCGUCCUGGCGCACGCACUGCACAUGGUCACGAACCGUAGGCGCUACUUGCCGGAGCCCCCGUCUGGAGGCGCAGAAGUGGCCAUCCAAGAGGAGAUGCAGCAGUGCCGCGGCGCG